GGAUUGGUGGUACGAGGUGGUUGCCCCAUAUGGAGCGAGCCAUCAACGCUUUUUUGGGUGGCUACAGGGCUAUCCGAGCUCAGCUCGAGACCGGAUCUCACAACAAUCCAAAGGCAGAGGGACUGGCGAAAUUGGCAUCUGAUGGACACGUGAUCAUCUACAUCCUACUACUGAAGUCUGUUGUGCGGCAUCUCCAGAAAUUGUCCAAGUAUCUGCAGACUACAGGACUUUCCUUAGCUGAUGCUUAUAAUCGAGUGGCUGCAACCAAGACAGUCCUGCUGAAUAUGAUGGGCAGAUUUUGGGGACAAAGAAGUGUUCACCUUAGUGAACUAUUUCUCAACACAGCUACAGAAUGUGGCUAAGGAUAUCUCCAUGGAGGAUUACAUGGACGAAUGGCAGAUUCUGCGAUCUCUGGUGUACAAGAGGUAUGCUACUGAGCUGCAAAGUGGGACUCUGACAUUGGAAAAAGUUCUUAAGGGUUUGGCAAGUCAGAAACUGAAUAAUGUCACCCGGGUGCUGGAUCUCUUGGGCUCAUUACCACCAACAUCCGUGGAAAAAUGAGACCACGUUCAGUGCAAUGAAGCUCAUCAAAACCAAAAGAAGGGGUAGACUUAAUGACGAUACCCU